AGUGACAUGAAAUUGGUAGGUUGGGUGUCGCUGUGAAAAGGAGCGUCUCCAUCCCUUAAAACCCCAUCCUUCUCCCACCUCAAAUACACACCAACAAUCCCUCAAAUCUCUCUCUCUGUUUCUCUGUCUCUCUCUCUCUCAAUACAUACUUGCUUCUCUCUCCAUUGCUGUAGUCAUCUCUUCACCUCUGGCCUCUUUGAGACGUCUCUACAUUAUCAUCUGUACUGCUGUAUUCAUUUUGUUGGAAGGAUUCGAGGUGGGUUUAUCCUUUUGGUAAUGGGGGAGCGACCAAGUUCGGAAGCUGAGAGUACUAGUAACAGUACUGCUUCGGCUUCUCCAUCUUCGCCAUCUUCAUCUGGGUCUUCUCAGUCUGUUCCCAACUUGGUUUCUGACACAUCCAAACAAGUCAAAGCUCAGAACCCAGCGACCAAGAGAGGGAGAGACUGCAACAGACACCCAGUGUACAGAGGGGUUCGAAUGCGGAGCUGGGGCAAAUGGGUGUCCGAAAUUCGAGAACCGCGCAAGAAAUCGAGAAUCUGGCUCGGCACAUUCCCGAACCCGGAAAUGGCAGCGCGAGCCCAUGACUCCGCUGCCUUGAGCAUCAAGGGAGACUCAGCGAUCCUAAACUUCCCCGACCUCGCCCAUUUGCUUCCCCGGCCGGUGACGCUCUCCCCGCGCGACGUCCAGGCUGCCGCAGCCAAAGCUGCGGCAAUGGAGACGCUAAAUUCGACAACAACAACGACAACGACAACGUCAUCGUCGUUGUCGUCUUCGUCGGAGGAGUCCACGUCGGAUGAACUGAGUCAGAUCGUUGAGUUGCCCAAUAUAGAAGGCGAGCUUGACUCGGACGAGUUUAUAUUGGCCGACUCCGUGGAGGGGUGGUUGUAUCCACCGCCGGCGACGGCGGAAGAAAACUUUUGUGCAUAUUUCGGUGAUCCGAUCAGCUUUGAAACUCUCUUUUGGGAAAAUUAGUGUGAUAUUCUUUCCUCCCCACUUCUAUUACUAUUCACCUAACAUGUAAAAUAAAAACAUUGGUGAAAAUAGUAAUUUUCUCACUUCUUCAUUUGUCAAAGUCAAUUUUUUAUUUAUUUUUUCAUAA